AGUCUGGGGUAGUCCGGAACCAUCAUCUCCAGCAAGCUCACGUCGCCCAGCAAGUACAGCUGCAACGACCCUGGAGUUUCCUUCAAGAGACCUGUGUCGUGUCUCCCACGGGACCCGUCCCAUACCCACGGAUGCCGUGUAGCUGGCACUGACAGCAUUCCCGUCGAACCAUAUCAUGUCUUCCCCGCGCGGCACCAGCAACAGCCUAAGACUGUUGCAGUUCCAUCGACCGCAGUUCGAUGUUAGUAGGGCCCCUAUAGCAGGGCUCACACCGGAAUCUAUCAGAUGCAUACAAACUUUGGCCGCAUAUCGAUCGCCCAAGUCUCCACUCCGGUACCCCAAAUCGAGGAGUGCCGCUGUACUGGUGGCACUCUUUGCGGGGCGGAUGGGUGACCUGUAUGUACUUCUCAGCCGGCGUGCCUCGUCCUUGCGAACAUACGCGGGUGACACGGCCCUCCCUGGCGGCAAAUGGGAGCCACGCGAUAAGAGCAUUGAAUGGACCGCGCGACGGGAAGCAUUCGAGGAGAUUGGACUGCCUGUGGAUUAUAAGAAGGUGCCUCUACUGUGCAUCCUCGAGCCCUUUCUGGCUGGGAACCGGUUAAUAGUAACACCUGUAGUUGUAUUGAUUCUUGACAAAACGCUACGACCAAUACUGAACAGAGCAGAAGUCACAUCGAUAUUCUCGCACCCUCUCGCUUCAUUCCUACAUUCGGACCCGCCUUUCCCUCUGGAACCAGAAAUGCUCGAGAUAAAAUAUCACACAUACAGUGACUACGCAUCGAGCACGGUACCGGGGAAGAUACGCAUGCACAACUUCCUGACCGGUCGAGAAGCAGGCGGGACGAAGCCAAUCUAUGGUUUGACUGCGGGUAUCUUGAUUAAAGUCGCGACCAUAGGUUAUGGGCGGGAGCCCGAGUUCGAGCCAUAUGCACCCGACGAGCCGAACAUGCAGCAGCGCAUCGCGCAUGCACUCCGGCACGACCCCGUGUUCCGCGAGGCUGCGCGCGCGGAGAGCAUCGACCCAGACAAGACACCGGACCCGUCGAGCUUGGGCCAGAACCACAAGUCUGCAGCGGAAGUGAAACGCGGGCGGCGGCGGCGACCCGGAGCGCGGAGGCUAGUACGUGCGAAGCUGUAGUGUGGUAGUGAUAUGGGCGGGAUUUGAGUGGACGCGGUGAUUGCGCUUUAUCUCUGUAUCAUAUAGUUUCUCUGCGUGUCUUGCUCACCUGUUCUGC